AUGAGUUCUCUGGCGCGGCUGGCGGCGAAUUCACCCCGCCUCCGGCAACUACACAAGCAAGUGCCUCAAUGGCAUCUGACCGACGGUCACUUGUCAAUCAAGAAGAAAUUCCAGUUUAAGGAUUUCAACGAGGCAUGGGGCUUUAUGUCACGGGUCGCGCUGCAAGCCGAAAAGAUGAAUCAUCAUCCAAACUGGUACAACGUCUACAGUACAGUCGAAGUCGAACUAUCGACCCACGACGCAACUGGCCUAACAGAAAAAGACUUCGAGCUUGCUCGUUUUAUGGACGAAACGGCGAAGAUUACCGGGAACUAG